GGCUCUUAGCCGAAGUCUCGCGAGGGCGGCAGGAGGCACUUCCGGUACUUGCGCAGGCAGCGCGUCAGUUCGUUUACUGUGCCGGGGCUGUGUAGCUGCCCCGCCCCCGGUCCGGUUGUAUUGGGGCUUCCUGUAGCCGCAGCCCGGUCAACCCCCAACUCCCUCAGCCACGCUCGGACCCCGGGUCCCUUCUCAGGGCUCCCUCUUUGCCUCCGCCCCCACCCCCACCCCCGUGUUCUUGGGUGUGACUACUUCAGACCAUCUCCCACGGCAGGAUGGGGGACAACACCAGCCCCAUCAGCGUGAUUCUGGUGAGCUCAGGGAGCAGGGGCAAUAAGCUGCUGUUCAGAUACCCCUUCCAGAGAAGCCAGGAGCACCCAGCGUCCCAGACAAAUAAGCCGAGUAGCAGAUAUGCUGUUAACAGCACAGGCGACCACUCUGAGGACCAGGACGGGGACUCCAGGUUUUCAGAUGUUAUUCUGGCAACAAUUUUGGCAACCAAGUCUGAAAUGUGUGGCCAAAAAUUUGAACUGAAGAUAGAUAACGUGCGGUUUGUUGGGCACCCAACGCUGCUGCAGCAUGCUCUGGGGCAGGUAUCCAAAACAGAUCCGUCCCCAAAGAGAGAGACGCCCACAAUGAUUCUUUUUAAUGUGGUAUUUGCUCUGAGGGCCAACGCAGACCCGUCGGUCAUCAGCUGUCUGCACACCCUCUCACGGCGCAUCGCCGUGGUGCUGCAGCAUGAGGAGAGGCGCUGCCAGUACCUUACCCACGAGGCCAAGCUGAUCCUGGCACUGCAGGACGAGGUCUCUGCCAUGUCUGACGCAAACGAAGGCCCUCAGUCCCCCUUCCAUCACAUCCUGCCCAAGUGCAAGUUGGCCAGGGACCUCAAGGAAGCAUAUGACAGCCUCUGCUCCUCGGGCGUGGUGCAGCUCCACAUCAACAACUGGCUGGAGGUGAGCUUCUGCCUGCCCCACAAAAUCCACUAUGUGGCUGCGAGCCUCAUCCCACCUGAAGCCAUCGAGCGGAGCCUCAAGGCCAUCCGCCCCUACCACGCCCUGCUGCUGCUCAGCGAUGAGAAGUCCCUGCUGGCUCAGCUGCCCGUCGACUGCUCCCCGGCCCUGGUGCGCGUGAUCAAGACCACCACGGCCGUGAAGAACCUGCAGCAACUGGCCCAGGAUGCUGACCUGGCAUUGCUGCAGGUGUUCCAGCUUGCAGCCCACCUGGUGUACUGGGGCAAGGCCAUCAUCAUCUACCCGCUGUGUGAGAACAACGUCUACAUGCUGUCACCCAACGCCAGUGUGUGUCUGUACUCUCCACUAGCCGAACAGUUCUCUCGCCAGUUCCCGUCGCACGACCUGCCGUCCGUUCUCGCCAAGUUUUCCUUGCCUGUCUCUUUAUCGGAAUUCAGGAGCCCCCUGGCCUCCCCAGUGCCGGAGACACAGCUCAUCCAGAUGGUGGUGUGGAUGCUGCAGCGCCGGCUCCUCGUCCAGCUGCACACCUACGUCUGCCUGAUGGCCGCGCCCCAUGAGGAAGAGGCCCGGCCCCAAGAAGAAGAUCUGCCCCUUGCUGCCCGUGUUGGGGGCCGGAGCUUCAGCACACCCAACGCCCUCAGCUUUGGCUCCCCAACCAGCAGUGAUGACAUGACCCUCACCAGCCCCAGCAUGGACAACUCUAGUGCUGAGUUGCUCCCCAGUGGGGACUCACCACUCAACAAGAGGAUGACAGAGAACCUGCUGGCCAGCCUAUCGGAGCAUGAGCGUGAGGCCAUCCUCAGCGUGCCCGCUGCCCAGAACCCCGAAGACCUGCGUAUGUUCGCCAGGCUGCUACACUACUUCCGGGGCCGCCACCACCUGGAGGAGAUCAUGUACAACGAGAACACGCGGCGCUCCCAGCUGCUUAUGCUCUUUGACAAGUUCCGAAGCGUGCUGGUGGUGACCACCCAUGAGGACCCCAUCAUUGCCGUCUUCCAGGCGCUAUUGCAGUGAGCCCCAGCUCACCAGGCCCUGAGGCACAACAGUGGCGGGGCCAGCAGUCUCUGAUGGCCCCAGUGUACUUCCCUCAGACCUCCUCCCUCUUCCCGACUGCUCCCAGCCUCUGUGUUUCCCCCAACAAGGCAGGAACACCUUACCUGUCACUCCUCCCUCCACGGCUGCCCUUUGUGGCCCUGCCUCUGCCUGUCCUGCUGAGAACCUCCACACUUGCAUGCUAGGGCCUGAGCUGUCAUCUCUGCAGGUCCCUGCAGGACAGGCAGGGGUGGGGGGGUCCUCCACAGCAGGGCUGACAGGAGCAUCCAAGCCAGGCCCCCCAUGCACAGGACCCCUGCCCUUUCUGUCAGUGAGCAGGGCUGGCUGCAGACUGUGCUGACACUGAGGGACUCCAGCCAGGACUCAGACACCAGUGUUCUAGAAACAAAAGGAUUUAUUUGGUUCCUAAAGAAUUAAAAGCCUGUUGGAGCAGACCCUUGGCUCAGGCCUGCAUCUGCUCGGCUGCCCUGUCCACCAUACUGACAAAGGGGUUGCCCUGCACGUAGAAGCGUAGGAGCUUCUGAGCCCACUCCCCCUUGCAGCCGAUACCCACCCGGGUUGCAGCCACCACAACUGGCUCAGGUCCUGGGGGGCCGCGCUCCAUCCACAUGGCCCCAUCUGUGGCCAGGUCCCGCUGGUCAAAGCUCUUGUCAAUGGCCAGGGCCUGGCACAGCUUGGAGGGGCCGCUGCAGAGCUCGUGAUCCUUGAAGGCCCGGCCAGAGGCACCCUUGCUGAGGGUGCUACGGAGCCGCCGCAUGGUCUCCAGGCCCUCCAGGGGCUCUAGCGCUCGCAGCAGGACACAUGCCCCAUCCCCUGCAGGAUAGAUGGACAGGCUGGACAGGAAGCCUCCCAGGGCUCCUGCUCCCCCCAGACCCCCGUGCAUGUCUGUUGCUGCAGGAGGAUGCAGCUGCCUCCCAUGUGGGAGGAGGGAGGGUUCCUCAUCUUUAGACCCCUUGGCCCAACUCCUCUUACUCCAAGCCUACACCCACUGACUGGCCCGCCCUGGACCCCACUGUGGAGAACCUGUGAAAACACACCUGGUGGGGGCGGUGUCUGGCAUUGGGCCUCCUUCCUCCUGGGCCUUCCCCUGGUCUGGGAUCAGCAGCUACCAAAGAAGUCCCAGAGCCUACUCCCACCCCUGGCUGGCCCAGGCUCCCUGCCAGGCUCCACAGAUCCCUGCCCACCGUACACACCUGAAUCCAUGCUGGGCACUUGGGAAGCUGGCUGGGGCAGCCACUGCCCUGUGGUUCCAGAGGGUGGGAGGCCCACAUAGUGACCC